GAAAAGUACAAACAUCUCCGUAUUAUAAAAACAUUGUUAUCUGUAUUUAUUAACAUUGAGCAAUAAAAUUAAAUACAUAGAAACAGAACUAACUUAUUCGAGACAACUAAGUAACUAAAUUACAUUUCAAGAGUUGACAAAACAUCCAGUAACGAUGACAAAUUAUAAAAAACUGUUUUUGUUGUCUUUUACCAUUAUUUGUUCAGUACAAAUGAUUCAGUCGGACUAUAUUGCUGCAGUAGUAGAAUAUGAACCAAUAAAUGCUACUUUCCCUAAUGAGACCGUAGAAGCAAAUUUAGCUCAAUAUGUAUAUUUUAUUGAACAUGCUCAACUCAGUUCUGUUCAAAUCAUUGUUUUUCCCGAGUAUGGUUUGACUGGUUUAGCUGACAACGCAAGUGAAUAUGCAAUAGAAAUUCCCAAUCCUACUGACAACAGUAUACAUUUUGAACAUUUUUGGUUGGAAAAAUUAUCAAAUGCUGCUGUGGCACAUUCAAUGUACGUAGUGGUUAAUUUACUUGAAAAAGAAAAAGCAGAAAAAAAUAUUCUUUAUUACAACACUGAUGUAGUAUUUGAUACUAAAGGUAGAAUAGUUGCUAAACAUCGUAAAGUAAAUCUUUUCCAAGAACCAUUAUUAACACCAGGAAAUUCAGAGCAGAACAAAAAUAUUUUUACAACCGACUUCGGUGUAACUUUUGGAGUGUUCACGUGCGCCGAUAUAUCUUUUUAUAAUCCUGCCAAAACUAUUUUAUCUAACCCUGCUGUUACGGAUAUAAUUUUUCCCACCGCUUGGGGUUCAUUUUUACCAUUCUUUCAUUCACUAUCGAUACAAAACGCUUAUACUCUAGCUUCUAAAGUCAACCUUUUGGCUGCAAAUCUGAAUAGCGUGGAAAAUGGAAUGAGCGGAAGUGGUAUAUAUGCUGCAGAUGGAACUAUAAUCAGUUAUUAUCUUUCGGGAAAACCUGGAAGUAAGAUGCAAAUAGCAACAGUUAAAACUACACCUACAAGUGAAACUACAGUAUUUGAUACGUAUGGUUAUGAACCUUUGAACAACACUAUAUCAACUUUAGACAACUUAAAUACGAACAGAUAUUUUGAUAGUGAAAAAUACGUGUUCAAAAGAUUAAACAUCUCGCAACUGAAUAUCAAAGAAGAAGUUUGCCACAGAUCUUUCUGCUGUGCUUUCAGUAUUAAUGUAUCUUCGACUGCAUUAAACGCUUCUGAAAUAUACCAGAUUAUGGCUUAUAGGGGUCCAGCAAGGAUUGGCGAACUCAGGAAUUUGAAAUUUUGUUCUCUCGUGGCGUGCAAAAGUUCAGAUUUAAAUACUUGCGGUGACCGAAACAUCAAACUAACUUCCAAACUUGAAUCUGUGUUGGUUGAAACAAAUGUGUUAGAUGAGCGAGAAGGAUUUUAUUUACCUAUCUCAUUAACAGGGGAUUUGGUUCCGGUGUUUAACACAAGUUACAACUCUACCGCUUAUAAAGGCGCCAGAAUAUAUAAAUAUUUGGCUUCUAAUAUAAAACAGGAAAAUAUUCUCGCGUUUGGGAUCGUCGCAAAUGAUGGUAUUACUUUAAGUUUUAACUCCAUGUUAAUUGUUGGUAUUUUGGUUUUGAAACACUUGUUACGUUAGAUUUUCAGGUGCUUGUUUUGUUACAAUAUUGUAAUUGU